AUGUCAGACAGAGUGGCUGUCAGAUGCUUGCGAAUCACGGCAGAGACAGACACGCACAGGCGGAAAGGGCUUCAUAGUGGCAGAUUCUCAAAGAGCUUCAAAGUAACAAUGGAGCAAGUGUGCGGCAAUGAGCAUGGACGGCGUGCGGCGUCCUCAGUGGCUGCGUGCGGCGAUUUGGGAACGAAUGAGCGGCUUUCUAGGCUUAAUUUCUACCAGAAUAGUUGUCCACGAGCAGAGCCAAUUGUUCAAAAUAUUGUUUGGGAAAAUGUGUACAAGAAUCAAACAUUGCGCCCCAAGUUGCUUCGAAUGCAUUUCCAUGAUUGUUUUGUCAACGGUUGCGAUGCCUCAAUUUUGCUGGACUCUACGCCUAACAACACAGCUGAAAAGGACUCAUUCCCAAACCAAUCUAUGGGAGGAUAUGAGGUUAUUCAGGAAGCAAAGACCAAACUUGAGACUGUUUGCCCAGGAGUCGUUUCUUGUGCGGACAUAAUUGCUUUGGCAGCUAGAGAUGCGGUUUCUUUCCAAUACAAGAAGUCAUUAUGGCAAGUAGAACUGGGUAGAAGAGAUGGCAAAAUCUCUCGAGCCUCUGAGGUCCUUCUCAAUGUCAUUUCACCAUUCUCCAACUUUUCCACGGGUUUUCAAAGCUUUAAAAACAAAGGCCUCGAUAAAAGAGAUCUUGUGAGUUUACUAGGUGGACAUACCCUGGGCUCUUCACACUGCUUAUUCUUCGAAAAAAGAAUCGAUAAUUUCACUGGAAAAGGAGAUCGAGAUCAUUCUCUAAACGCAAGCUAUGCUGCAUGGUUAAAGCACGCGUGCGCUAACCGUUCGGACAAAACCACCACGGUGGGCUUGGACUUAACCCCUGCGACAUUUGACACCAAUUACUACGAAAACCUUAAACUAAAUAUGGGACUUUUCCAGUUAGACGCCGCACUAAUCACCGACGAGGAGGCUGCCGAGAUGGUCGAUGAGAUGCUCGACCUUAAAUUUUUCCUCGCUCAGUUUGGAGUGUCAAUGCGAAACAUGGGCAGGAUUGGUGUGCUCACCGGAAACAGCGGAGAAGUAAGGAAAGAAUGCAACACUGUCAAUUAG